GCCCUGUGUCCUUGUGGGUGAAGCCUGGAGGCGGAAGUGAGUGGGACCGGGAGGAAGGCGUCUCCUCUCCGGGCUCAGUUCUCCGGUUGGCACCGCUCAGACCUUCACCCUCCUCCGCUGCUCGUCUCUGCUCGUGUCGCUGAACUCAGACCGGAACCAGCCUCUAAGAUGUCUCAGAAGAUCAAGUCCGGCUCCGUGGUGGAGAUGCAGGGAGAUGAGAUGACUCGUGUCAUCUGGGAGCUCAUCAAGGAGAAGCUCAUCUUCCCCUACCUGGAGCUCGACCUGCACAGCUAUGACCUCGGCAUGGAGAGCCGCGACGCCACCGACGACAAGGUGACGGUGGACGCAGCCGAGGCGGUCCAGCGCUACAACGUGGGCAUCAAGUGUGCCACCAUCACGCCAGACGAGCACCGGGUGGAGGAGUUCAAGCUCAAGCAGAUGUGGCGCUCGCCCAACGGCACCAUCCGUAACAUCCUGGGGGGCACGGUGUUCCGAGAGGCCAUCAUCUGUAAGAACAUCCCCCGCCUGGUGCCCGGCUGGACCAAGCCCAUCAUCAUCGGCAGACACGCCCACGGAGACCAGUACAAAGCCACAGACUUCGUGGUGCCCGGGCCGGGGAAGGUGGAGAUCACCUACACCCCCACAGACGGACAGCCGGUUAAAUAUCUGGUUAAUCAAUUUGAGGGCACCGGGGGCGUGGCUCUGGCGAUGUACAACACCGAUAAAUCCAUCAAGGACUUUGCCCACAGCUCGUUCCAGAUGGCUCUGAGCAAAGGCCAGGUUCUGUACCUCAGCACCAAGAACACCAUCCUGAAGAAGUACGACGGGCGCUUCAAGGACAUCUUCCAGGAGAUCUACGAGAAGGAGUAUCAAGCUCAGUUUGAGGCAAAGAGCAUCUGGUACGAGCACCGUCUGAUCGACGACAUGGUGGCUCAGGUCAUGAAGUCUGAUGGAGGCUUCAUCUGGGCGUGCAAGAACUACGAUGGAGACGUGCAGUCCGACUCGGUGGCUCAAGGCUACGGCUCCCUGGGCAUGAUGACCAGCGUGCUGAUCUGUCCCGACGGCCGCACGGUGGAGUCUGAGGCCGCCCACGGCACCGUGACCCGCCACUACCGCCAGCACCAGCAGGGAAAAGAGACCUCCACCAAUCCCAUCGCUUCCAUCUUCGCGUGGACCCGGGGUCUCCUCCACCGAGCGAAGCUGGACGACAACACGGAGCUGCGGGUGUUCUCCGAGGCCCUGGAGGCCGUCUGCAUCGAGACCAUCGAGGCCGGCUUCAUGACCAAGGACCUGGCGAUCUGCAUCAAGGGGCUCCAGAAUGUGAAACGCGCUGACUACAUGAACACAUUCGAGUUCCUGGACAAACUGGCAGAAAACCUGAAGAUGAAGAUGACCAACCAACCCAAACUGUGAUCGCACAACCUCCUGCGACUCUGCAGCUCAACACAAACACACACACAUCAAAUCAAACACAAUCCUCAUGCACACAGACGAACACGCAGCCGCUGCGUUCACCACCGGAGCAGCGAGCGCAGGACGCCAGGACAUCCAGUCAUUCCUUAACUUAGGGUCCAAUUAACCCGGGGGCCUCGUCCUGAAGCAAGACGAGUUCCUGUUAACGCAACACUAGUAGACAAAAAGACACCACAACUCAAACAUUCAUCCCGUCCACGAGUGAAGCUGCUGGACGCACGACCUUGUUUACACUAAUGCACCAGGUCCCCUGCAGCAAGCGUCUGUUGAUCUGUGUGAGACGGGACAGAGUCUGACCCUCACUGCCUCAUUCCUGUCAAAGUCACAGGUUCGAUUCCCGUCUCCACGUCUUGUAACGUUCCAUCUAGACCUCCGGCGUAGAGUCCGUGCACACAAACACAUUUUACUGUUAAACAUCAUCAAGCAGAGAUGAACUGACGCUGUGGUUUGUAUUGAUCACACAGAGGCUCUGACUCUUCAGACCACGUGAUGAGCUCUCAGAUUUUAGACUCGCAUUAACUUUACCAGUCUCAGUUGGUAUAUGAAGUGUAUUUAUUUUGUACUUCUGUUGUGUGUCUGUUAAUCUCCACUUUGUCAUCACGUCGGUUUGUAAUCAUCACUUUACUCGUUGGUUCCCUGUGUGAAACCAUGACUCUUAAUAAAUGAGAUUUUGAGGAAA